AUGGCUUCCUCCGAUGCUGUUCUCGCGAAAUCGCUCUCGACUUGGUAUAUCUGCCCAGCUUCUGUAAUGGCCAGCGACCAGAAAACCGAGAAAGAUGUUUCUGCUGACUCAACGACUUCUCUUCUCAGUGAAGAGAGGAAGAAAGAGUCGUUAAACAGCAGAGUGAAUUCAUGGGAAUCUACUCCUCCACGAUUUGAGAUCAUCAUCAUCGAGAUAUGCGUUUGCACAUUGAGGAAAUGUCUUACGAGCCUCGACUCACUCUUAAAUAACACCGCUAUACAACGCUCUCCUCCUCCUUCUUCCUCCAUCUUCUCUCCGAUUCAUACGACUACUACUGUCACCGUUACCGGAAUUCGCAAGAGAUGCCUACUCUGGAUGGUGACUUCAUGCGUCUCCCACUCUCAGAGCUCCGUCCAAAACGGUUUCACCGAAGCUGUAUCUGUGAGAAACCAGAUUCGUCUUGGUCUUCCUAGCAAGGGACGCAUGGCCACCGAUACGCUAGAUCUUCCUAAAGAUUGUCAAUUGUCUAUCAAAACAAGUCAAUCCGCGGCAAUACGUUGCUCAGAUUCCUCAGGUACUAAUCUUUUUUUGUUUCUUGUCCAACAGCUACCGAACACUGAAGUUUGGUUUCAACGGCCUAAAGACAUUGUCAGAAAGUUACUAUCUGGAGAUCUUGAUUUAGGCAUCGUUGGGCUUGACCUUGUUAGUGAGUUUGGUCAGGGAAAUGAUGAUCUUAUUAUUGUUCAUGAAGCUCUCAACUUCGGAGACUGUCAUCUCUCCCUUGCGAUACCAAAUUAUGGGAUAUUUGAGAAUAUUAAUUCUCUCAAGGAGCUAGCACAAAUGCCUCAGUGGACUGAGGAAAGACCUUUACGAGUUGCUACAGGAUUUAAUUAUCUAGGACCCAAAUUUAUGAAAGAGAAUGGUAUAAAACACGUGACUUUCUCAACUGCAGAUGGAGCCCUAGAGGCAGCUCCUGCGGUGAGAUUUUUACUUUAUAUGCAUAUCAUCCUUAGAGUUCGACUUAUGCCCAUCCCUGGACGCCAUCCUCUGCUCGGAACUCCUGAGCAGGGGCCGUUGAUGAGCAGCUGUACAAGGCCGAGGAGAUGCUCUUGGGAUCUGAACGGUGACGUUUUUGUCUUGAAGCCUGUGGCUUUGGAUUUUGAUCAGUUUACUCCAGAGAUUUGUAGAGACUUAUAA